UAGUCAAUAGUUCGACAACCACGGUACUCGCUUCCGGAAGAUCGCCAUCGAUCACAGCCACUAGCAUCUGUGCUAGAGCGCCUACACUGACCACAGCCAGCGCGCCAGCGUCAGCUCCGAACCUUCCAAGUAGUAGUAGUAGUCGAACGAGCGUACCCGCGGCUGCGUCUUGGACAAGCCACAGCCUACGUGCACCGGUGUCAGCAGUCAGUGCCAGUACUAGUCAACCCUAUGCAGGUAGCGCUCCAGUCCUACAGCCUGCAGCGUCUAGUUCGCAGUUUGGAGGCCAUCAGCACUUUCAGGCUGCCAUGCCCAGGGCAAGACCACCGCCACCAGCGUUUGCUCCACCGCCUGGACAUGAGCCAUGGACGCAGAUGAAGAGAGUAUCCAUAGAAACUUUCACAGGAGACAAGAGGAGGUAUGAAGAGUGGAAGGCGUCCUUCAUUGCCUGUGUUGAUUCGUCACCAGCUACUCCAGAGUACAAGUUCCUCCAGAUGAAGCAGUUUCUGGGCGGGGACGCGUUGCAAGCCGUCGCCAAUCUAGGCUACACGCAGAGAGGCUAUGAUACAGCCAAGGCACGGCUAGAGAAGAAGUUCGGCGGCAAGCGCCGUCAAGUCGCAAUGUAUGUGGAGGAGCUGGCUCGGUUUACCGGCAUCUCCGGAGACGACCCCAGGGAGCUUGAACGCUUCGCGGAUUUACUUGAAGUCGCCACAGUGAAUCUGCAAGAUGCUGGUCAUUUCGCUGAGCUUCAGGCCGGAACAUUCUACAUGAACCUGCUACGGAAGCUGUCUGAGAAGCUCGUCGCCCAAUAUCAGCGGUGGCUAUUUGAGCAACGGAAGCAAGAGUCGGUUCUCGCUCUGCUAGAGUGGGCUACCCAAGAGGCGGAGUUCCUCGUUACGGCAACGGAGACAGUACGAGGGAUGACGCGGUCCCGGCAACCCAGAUGGAGCAAGCCGACCACGAAUGCCAGCGGCAACAGUGAAAAGGCCCGGACCUAUGCCAGUUUCAGCACCAGCUCAACCCCGCAGAAACCGCAGAAGUCGCCGAAGUGCCCCACUUGCGAAGGAGAGCACGGUAUCUGGCGGUGCAAGGCAUUCCUGGAGAUGGACAACGUACAGAGAUGGACUGAGGCCCGGCGAGCAAAUCUCUGCUAUCGCUGCUUGGCAUUUGGACACCGAGGUGGUAAAUGCAAGCGUGGUUGGACAUGUGGAGUAAACGGCUGCCAGGAUAAUCAUCAUCGUCUCCUCCACGCUACGAAGGGUGGUGCGCAGAAAGGCACGCCGUCUAGUGGCCAAGCCAAGGAUACACCCAGUGAUGCCGAGAGUAAGAACCGGACAGGCGAAUUAGGUGGUUCUUGUCACGCAGUGCAGGCUGUUACCGAGGGGGAGCUAACAGCUGGAGCGACAAUGGCAGCUCACUCGUAUAGCAAGGUGGCACUACGGAUUGUGCCAGUGAUGUUACGCAACGGCCCACAGGCAGUCACGGUGAAUGCCUUACUGGACGAUGCUAGUACAACCAGCUACAUCAACACAGCCGUGGCUGGCCAGCUCGGCAUCAGUGGAACUUUGCGACGGUCGACAGUCAGUACAUUGAAUGGGAAGGUGGAGACCUUCAGGACAGCACCGGUCAGCUUUACCAUCGCUAGUAUGGAUAACUCGUAUCAGCAAUCGGUGGCAGCGUUCACCACAACGAACGUAACCGGAGACCUACAGCCUGUGGACUGGUCGCAAGAAGCUGAGAAGUAUGGUCACCUCCGGGAUAUUCCCUUCCCGGCACUGCACAAGCCCAACGUCAUCGAACUGUUGAUUGGAAGCGACAAUGCAGAGCUAAUGAUGUCCCGUCGAGACAUUAGUGGCGCUCCCGGACAACCAAUAGCACGUCAAACACCGCUGGGAUGGACAUGCGUUGGCAAAGUACAUGCAGCGGACACAGACUCGCACCAAGAGGCCUUACACGGCCAGUCUUUCCUGUGUUACGGCGGCCCAUCUGUGACAUCACUUGAGGCAACGCUACAGCGUUUCUGGGAGGUAGAGCGCUACGGCAUGAGCGAUGGGCUUCAGGAGCCUGGCAUACGAUCAGCCGAGGAUGAGAGCGCGCUCAAGACAGUGCAGCGGGCUAUACAGAUGGUGGAUGGACGAUACCAGGUUAGCAUACCAUGGAACAGCAGGAAAGUUGAGCUCACGAAUAACAUUGUGAUGGCCAGGAAACGGCUGACAAGCACAGAGCGCCGCCUGCAAAAAGAUAGCACAGUUGCAGCGGCCUACCGAGAUGUGCUGAAGAGCUACGAGGACAAAGGCUACAUCCGGGAGCUUGGUGCAGCAGAAACGGAACAAGAUCAGUGCUGGUAUCUGCCACACUUCGCAAUCGUAAGGCCACAGAAGACCACAACAAAAGUUCGCAUAGUAUUCGACGCAGCAGCUAACUACCGUGGACUGAGUCUGAAUGAUGCAAUCAACCCGGGGCCAAGGCUGCAACGAGACCUCUGUGACGUCCUGACACGGUUUAGAAGAAAACCAGUUGCGAUCGGAUGCGACAUCUCUGAGAUGUACCUACAAGUGGCAUUAGCACCGGAAGACAAGCCGUAUCAUCGCUUUCUGUGGCGGGACAGGCCAGACGCUGAUGUGCAGCACUACGAGUUCAAUCGCCUCGUCUUCGGGAUCAAUGCAUCGCCGUUCCUAGCUCAAUACGUGGCACAGCAAACGGCGCGAGAGCAUGCAGUUACGCACCCUCUGGCAGCGGAUGCAAUCCUGGCAUCGACGUACAUGGAAGACACCAUGGAUUGAAGUUUACCCGGGUCCAGACGGGCAUGUGCGAGUUGUGAAGCUGCAGGCCGGUAAUCAGCAAUACAAACGGCCUAUCUCCCGUGUGUGCCCACUGGAAUGCUGAAGUCAUCUAGUGAGGUACCGCUACAGUCAGUAGCCGAUAUACUGAAUGUAUCAUACCGAGAGGAUCACUGUGCAAGCUGUGUGCCUUGCUGAAAACGUGAAAUAGCUAUUCAUAUUCUUCCGUUGCAGCAUGUGGUGCUGCUGCCCAUUAUUCUCUGUGCACAUUUGUUACGCUGUAUAUGCAUUUUUGGCAUAGCAAAUCAGUAGUUGCCACAUGCUACUCUGGGAGCAUAUGGCGAGGGGGAGGAUGUUCAGGAGGACACUGCUAGUUUCUGUUGUGCAUUGUCAUCCAGUAUGUAUUCUAAUAAUAGCACAGCCACAGCAUUCCAGGUAGCUUCUAAAUGAAGGUGUUUGGACACGGACGGAGAGUUGGUUAGUAGUUUCCUGCCAUAUUGAAUACUUCUGCAAUAUUGGCCGUUUUUUACCUUUGUGCAUUGACGUGCCUCAGACGGUGACCACCCGGUGAUUGUCUGAGCGGUUAUUUGCGGUUAUUCUUUGUUAACCAUGCAGCGGAAUUGUUCACUGUAUUGUUUAUUCCAAUUGUUUCCUUUCGUCUGUG